AUGACGAAAUCUCGAAUAGAAGGACUCCUAUCAGCGUUCCCCAAACUGAUAGUAACGGACAAGCAGCAUACCUUCAUCGAAACAGAGAGCGUCAGAUACGUUUAUCAGCCCCUUGAUAAGCUCUACAUAGUUUUAAUCACCACAAAGUCAAGUAAUAUUCUGGAGGAUUUGGAGACGUUACGACUUUUUGCCAGAGUGAUACCAGAAUAUUGUAGGAACAUCGACGAGAAAGAAGUAUCAGAAAACGUAUUCCAGCUUAUCUUCGCUUUUGACGAGAUUGUAGCGUUAGGGUACAGAGAAAAUGUUAACUUAGCCCAAAUAAAAACAUUCACUGAAAUGGACAGCCACGACGAGAAAGUAUACCAAGCAGUCAGACAGACGCAAGAACGAGAAGCGAAGGAGGAAAUGAAGAAAAAAGCCAAAGAAUUACAAAGACAGAGAAUGGAGGCUCAGAGAGCAGGCAAAACCCCUUACAGUACAGGUAUCGGUAACUCUAAUAACUCUGCUCCCAUCACACCAUCCCCGCAAACAGAAAUGGCUAUGCCUACUCCAACCCCAGUGCAGCCUUCUAGACCCAAGCCCGCCGGUAAAGGAAUGAAGUUGGGAAGGAAAAGUGCAGAUAUCGACACGUUCGUUGACAGCAUAAGAAAGGACGGUGGCGUGGUCAAGGAUUCCAACAAGAUAUCAGUGGCAGAGCCUGUCAGACCUUCUGCUGUGACAGCAUCAACGUCUCCACUGCACUUACGGCAAGAAGAGAAAAUCCUCGCCUCGAUACACCGCGAAGGUGACGUCGAACAAUUUGAAGUUAGGGGGCUUCUUUGUCUUCACGUCACCGAUCAGGAACUGGCUUGUGUGCAAGUUAACGUGGACAACAACGAGGAAAGACAGAUUCAAAUUCAGACUCAUCCAAAUAUUGACAAGAGAGGAUUCCAAGAGAACGGUGUUGUCGCUAUGAAACAAGCGGGACGACCGUUCCCUCUAAACACGGAUGUUGGAGUAUUAAAAUGGAGGUUUCAAUCUAACGAUUCAGAGGACCUACCUCUUAUAAUAAACCCAACUACGGUCCAACUAUAG